AUGUCUUCGUAUUUACAAUCAACUAAUCAAGAUAAUAUUCCAGUUUGGAUUGAUCAAGAUGAAACAUUUGAUACAUCAAUGAAUGAAAAAUAUGAAAUAAUCGAUGAAUGUGAAUAUAUUCUUCUAUUAAUUCUAACAAACAAUGAAUAUUCAUUUGAGAUCGAUCAAUGGACAACUGAUGAUGUUAAAUUAUUUCUAAUAUCAAAAAAUCUUAAUUCUCUUUUACCAAUAUUGUGUGAAAUGAAUGGAAAAUUUUUACAUGAAUUAUAUAAAAUGUGUUUAUCUAAUCGUGAAUCAAUGUUUCAUACAUUACAACGAGAAAUUUCAAUAUUAAAUAUAAAUAAUCAAUCAUUAACACUUCUUAUUUAUCUUCGUUUUUUAAAUGAAAUUCAAAAAUAUAUUCCAUAA